AUGACAGCCAUCCUGGAGCGGAUCAGCACGUUGUCCCUCAGCGGGCAGCACCUCAGCCGCCUUCCCAGGCUGCUGGAGGAUGGUUUCCCCAAGAUGCCUUGCACGGUCAAGGAGUGUGAGGUGCCACAGCUCUUCCGGGAGCCCUACAUCCACGCCGGCUACCGCCCCACCGGCCAGGACUGGCGGUACUACUUCCUCAGCCUCUUCCAGAAGCACAACGAGGUGGUUAACGUGUGGACUCAUCUCCUGGCAGCGCUGGCCGUGCUGCUGCGAUUCAAGACGUUUGUGGAGGCUGAGCAGUUGCCCAUGGACGCGUGGUCCUUGCCUCUGCUCAUCUUUGUCCUCUCCUCUGUCACCUACUUGACCUGCAGCCUCUUGGCCCACCUACUGCAGUCCAAAUCAGAGCUGUACCACUACACCUUCUACUUUGUGGACUACGUGGGAGUCAGCAUCUACCAGUACGGUAGUGCCCUGGCUCAUUUCUACUACAGCUCUGACCAAGCCUGGUACGACAAGUUCUGGCUCUUCUUCCUGCCAGCAGCUGCUUUCUGUGGCUGGCUGUCUUGUGCCGGCUGCUGCUACGCCAAGUACCGGUACCGACGGCCUUACCCCAUCAUGAGGAAGAUGUGCCAGGUGAUCCCAGCCGGGCUGGCCUUCGUCUUGGAUAUCAGCCCUGUUGCUCACCGGGUGGUCGUGUGUCACCUGGAGGGCUGUGAGGAAGAUGCUGCUUGGUACCAUACCUACCAGAUACUGUUUUUCCUUAUCAGUGCUUAUUUCUUCUCCUGCCCAGUCCCAGAGAAGUACUUCCCUGGCUCCUGUGAUAUUGUUGGCCAUGCCCACCAGAUCUUCCACACCUUUCUGGCCAUCUGCACCUUAUCCCAGCUGGAGGCCAUUCUGUUGGAUUACAAGAAGAGGCAGGAGAUUUUCCUGAAGAGACAUGGGCCUUUCUCCCUUUAUCUCUCCUGCAUGUCUUUUUUUGGCCUGGGGGCUUGUAGUGCCAUCACAGCUUACAUCCUGAGAUGCAGGAUCAAGGCCAGCCUGGCUAAAAAGGACUCCUGA